AAAUCAGCUGUUUUCUCACAAAGAAAUUUCAGCAACCGUGUGUGCCGCUAUUUGUGAAAUGUCAUAACAUUUUUGUUGAUUUCGUCAAUCACUGCAAUAUUUUUUUUUUAAUUUUAAAUUAAUUCGACAUGGACUCAUCGACGGAAAUCGCAACAAACAAUAAUAAUCCAACGAAAGGUCGAAAAGCGAAGCGCAAACGAAAAUCAACUAUGAUAAAGGAAACGGCUAAGCAGCGUCGAGAACGGUUGGCCAAAAUGCAAGAAUAUCAUACGAAGCGACGGCAAAAUGAAACUCCAGAGCAACGGGAACAGCGUCUGGAGCGAUGUAGAGAAUAUAUGCGUCAACGAAAAGAAAUUGAAACGGAGGAAGAUCGUGAGGAUAGGCGAAAGUAUAUGAAAAAGUACUUAGAGCGGAAAAUAAAGAAUGAAUCUGCAGAGGAGCGUGAAAAGCGCGUGGGUAAACAACGGAAGUACGUAAAACGUAACCAAGAGGACAGUGAAGACAAAUACAAAGAGUACCGUAAAGAUUAUUAUCGCAAAAUUGUCGAAAAUGAGACGCCCGAGGAACGAGAAAAGCGAUUGGAAAAGUAUCGACAAUACAAUCGAUCUCGAAAGGAGAAAUAUCCCGAAACUGAGGAGCAACGACAAAAGCGAUUGGAGAAACAGCGAGAAUAUAAUCAGAAAUACAAAGAACGGCAUUUACAAGAAUCCAAUUCGAGUGAACCAAAAACACGCAAGCGACGCCGUUUAAAUUCCAGCAAUGAACCGAAAACACCAAAAAUUGAAACCGAAGAACAGCGUCAACUGCGGCUGAAGAAUUUCCGUGAAUACUUGAAAAAACGUCGUGAAAACGAAACGGAAGAGCAGCGUCAACAGCGUUUAUCGAAGAUAAAAGAAUACAAUCAGAAGAGAAUGCAGAGCGAAACCCCUGAACAGCGAGAGAAACGGUUGAUUCGAAUACGGGAGUACCAAAAACGUCGUUCAGAAUCCCUUGAAACCUUGGAGCAACGCCGGGAACGGCUCAACAAAAUUAAGGAGUACAAUAGAACUCGUCGACUGAACGAAUCACCGGAACAACGUCAACAGCGGCUGCACAAAUUACAGGAAUACUUUCGAAAAAAGCGUCAAACCGAUCCGAAGCCACGUGGACGUCCCAGAAAGCAUUACAGCGUCGAGAUAAUGCGAGAAUAUCAUCGUCAAGUGGCCAAACUUAAACGAGAUUCAGAAACCGAAGAGGAACGUAACGCUAGACUGAAGCAAAUCAAAGAGUACAAUCGAAUGAGGCAAAAAAAGGAAAAUUUGGAGCAACGCGAGAAGCGUUUGAGCGAAAUGCAAGAGUAUUUCCAGAAGAAACGUCAAACCGAAACGGAAGAAGCACGUCAACAGCGACUACAACGCAGCAGAGAGUAUAACACUUUGUAUCUUCAAAGGAAGAAGGAGGAGCGCGAGAACAGAUUGCGUAAGUCGAAAGAGUAUUAUCAGAAACGGAAGGAAGAGAAACGCCUGCAAAAUGUCAAUGGAACUGCCAAACAACAAGGUAACAGUGAGCCCACUGAUACUACUGCCACACCAUCCAAUCAACGCCAUUCUUACGGAACCCGUGCCAGUUUGAGAAGCUCAAAAAAAGUUGAGCCACCAUCGCCCGAAAAGUUGGAGCCAAAGAAAGAAAGAAAACCUCGAAUCUCGAGCGUGGCCGUGGCGAAAUCCGAAACAAUCGUUACCGAAACCGAACCAAACACUGCUACUGUACCAAAAUGUCCAUCCACCAUUAAUUUCAUUCCACAAGUUACAUUAAGUCGGGGAUCAAACGUCGCCUUUUCACAUUUACUGUUCAAUGUGCUGAAGCAUUCUCAGCAAUCAAAUUAUCAAAUUAUAUCACCCAAAAGAAAAGCAUAUCCGGUAACCAGUAACUGCUCUAUUGUGGAUCGUUUAUUGAGUUGCCGAAGUGAUACCAGCCAGAGCUGUAUAUUGUCUCAUGUUAUUCGUCGUAAGUAUUGUAACUAAAUAUUUUUUUUUUUAAAUAAAUAUAAAAAUUUACGUAAUGUGAA